AUGGAGGGCAGCCUGGACGCAGAUGAUGGCCUGACCUUGGAUGAGACGGUCGAGAUGCACCAUCUUAUUGAUGCGAUCGCUGGCGAAACAGAUGAAGAUAAAGACGCCUUGGACGAGGUACUGGUUGAGCUGGCCAAAAAGCAGCCAAUUGACGCCGAGGUUCUUGUCGGCGACUCGACAGCAUUUGACGACUUUCUUUCCACAGUCAACAUCUCUCUGAGGUAUUGUACCUCUCGCUCUACUGUUGACACCCUCUUGGCGCGGAUGCCAUCGGGUGGCAGCCGUGACACACCUACACCAUGGGUUUUCGAAUGUCCUCAUGGAUGCUUUCACUGCCUUGGCUGA